AUGAACAGCAGUUUAAGCUCAGGAAGCCCGUCAGAGGGUUCACCCCUUCUUGAAGAUCGUUAUCAUGAUGAUACACCAAGAAGCAUCGAAAACGAACAGGCAUCAGGUGACGAUACUCCCAAAGCACUAUACAGUAACAAGAAGUUGCAUCUCGUGAUCGCAGCUGUCGGAAUUGGUGUCUACCUUGCUGCCGCUGAUCAGCUUCUAACAGUUGCAACUUAUGCCAAGAUUGGUAACGAACUCAAUGCCUUGAACAAUACCAGUUGGAUUGCUACCGCUUCUCAACCUCUCUACGGUAAACUGAGCGACAUAUUUGGCCGCAAACCAUGCCUGCUCUUUUCCUACACUGUCUUUUCUCUGGGUUGUCUGGGCUGUGGUCUUGCCCAGGAUAUGGCUCAACUAUGUGCUGCGCGAGCCGUGGCAGGUAUAGGCGGAGGGGGCAUGAACUCUGUUGUCGCCAUCCUUCUCAGUGAUCUCGUACCGCUCAAGGAUCGUGGUGUAUGGCAAGGCAAGCUCAGCAUCCUCUUUUUCGCCGGGACUGCUACUGGAGCUCCCCUUGGAGGGAUUUUGGCUGAUUCAGUCGGCUGGCGAUGGUCGUUUCUUGGUCAAGUCCCGCUGUGCUUCCUUGCCUUCAUGGCCGUCUAUAUCGUCCUAGACCUUCCACCUGUUGAACACGAUCACUGGCUUGCCAAGGUCCGCAAGAUUGACUUUAUCGGCGCUUUCACUCUCGUGGCGGCUGUAGUUGCUCUCCUCCUUGGUCUGGAUUCUGGCUCUAACCUCGGAUGGUCACAUAUCAUGACUGUCGUCGCUCUGUCUUCGACUCCAGUUCUGUUUGCCUUGUUUGCUCUGAUCGAAAUUAACGUGGCUUCUCAUCCAUUUGCACCCGGUCACAUAAUAUUCGAUCGUAGCUUAUUCGCCUGCUAUGGGGUGGGGUUUUUCUCGGGGGCGGGACAGACAUCGACUAUCUUCUUCUUACCUCUCAUUUUUCAAGCUGUUCAGGGCCUGGGUGCUACCCGGAGUGGUUCCUUACUUGUCCCAGGCAUGAUUGCAGGUGUCGCAGGUUCACUUCUAGGUGGCUGGGUGAUCAAAAGAACAGAAAAGUUCUACGCCAUAACAUUAUCGGCUUACGCACUCGUCCUCAUUUCAGUCAUCCCUAUGGGCAUGUUCGUCUGGCUCCGUUCAACCGCUGGAGAGACUACUGGCAUUACUAUUAUGUCAUUCGGAGCCGGCUGUGCUUUUGUGACAACGCUUAUUGGUCUGCUCGCAAAUGCAGCAGCUGAAGACACUGCUGUCGUUGUAGCGUGCUCGUAUCUCUUCCGAUCCCUUGGGGCUAGUAUAGGUAUCAGUACUGGAUCUGCUGUACUUCAGCAAGUUCUUCGAAUUCAGUUGGCAGCUCGGCUCCCGGACGGGGAAGAAGCGCGUAAGAUCGAGGAGAAAGUCCGGCGGAAUCUGGACUACAUCAAAGAACUACCGCCUCAUUUAGCAGAUCAGGUUCGGUCGAGUUACCAAAUCGCAGGGAUUUCAUCACUAGCCUUGAUUUCCAUUUACCUUGCGGUAUCAUUCUUGUUGGCGUUCUGCAUUAAGGAGAAGCCUCUGAGGAGAUAG